GCCGAACUUGCACACAGCAGUCUGCGUGCUAGAGUUUACGACGACACUCCUAUAAAACUCUGUUUUGCGACGCGACGAUCACACCGCCGGGAGUUUGUUUCCAAGGGAACACUAGUUGAGAUCAUGCGAGUCGCAGGAGGCCGCUGGGCUGGACCAGUGGCACUCCUUGUCACUCUGUGCGCUGCGCUGACGGCGGCUGCUGACGAGAGCUCCACAGGCCUACGCUCCCGCCGGCUGCUGCAAUCGACAUGGACAUACAGUAACUCCGUGGACCUGUGCGGCAGCAGCUACGGCAGCCCCACGCUUCAGUUCCAGAGCACCGCCGCGUUCCAGCAGUACGGAGCCGUGCUGGGGCUGGAGGUCACGUCGGAGAACGCGCAGACCAACUCCGCCGACGUCAAGAAGUAUGAGGUGAUCUACGGUAUUGCCGGUAUCCACAGCAACUACCCAGCGCCACCCGGCGUGAGGAGCACCAUGGUCCUGGGCAGCCCCGCGAAUGGUCGCACGGCCUUCAUCCAGACCGAGGGCAACAGCGCUGCCUCGGGCGUUCAGGUCCGCACCAUUGAGGUGUGCUGCACACCCGCCAACUAUGUGGGAGCGCUCAACAUCAUCUUCUCUGACAACUCGCGCAAAAAGAUGGGCUCUCAGCAAUGCAACAAGACGUCGGUUGCUGCCACGGCCCCCGCAAACGGCCAGCUGGCCUCGUUCCGCAUUUGGACGGGCACGCAACCAGGUCCCGGCAAGACGAACGGCGGCUCGGGUGUGGCCGUAGCCAAGCUUGUUGCGGUGUGGGCGGUGCCGGGCGCAGCCCAGUCGCCACCCUCCCCCUCGCCGCCCAGCCCCAGGCCACCAUCGCCUGGCCCACCCUCGCCGGAGCCCCCAUCACCGGCACCACCCUCCCCUGCGCCGCCCAGCCCGCAGCCGCCGUCACCUGCGCCGCCCAGUCCACAGCCACCCUCCCCUGCGCCGCCCAGCCCGCAGCCACCCUCGCCGGCGCCGCCUUCCCCGUUACCACCCAGCCCACAGCCACCCAGUCCCCAGCCUCCUUCUCCUAACCCACCUUCCCCGGCGCCACCCAGCCCACAGCCGCCAUCACCGGCGCCGCCCAGCCCAAACCCACCCUCACCGGCGCCACCCAGCCCAAACCCACCCUCACCGGCGCCACCCAGCCCACAGCCUCCUUCUCCCAUGCCGCCCAGCCCACAGCCCCCGUCACCGGCGCCGCCCAGCCCAAACCCACCCUCACCGGCGCCGCCGUCACCCCCCAUGCCACCCUCCAUUCUCUUUGCCCAGUUCAACACCACCGAGUACUUCUUUGACGACGCGUCUUACAUCAACCCCGCCAUCCAGUCGCUGGAUCUCAGGAACGUGCUCGGCACAGUGCUUAUCGCGAAGGCAUCCUACUCCACCGUGUCGCUUCCUUCCGGGCAUAACGUCCUGUACGGCAACCGCUUCGGCAACGGCCGCGUGUCUGGCACGGCUGCCCAGUCGCUUGUGACGCGCUGCUGCAAGGCCGGGUCGGACCCCAAGAUGGACAGCCUGCUGCUGCGUCAGGUGCUGUGGACGGCGGUGUUGGGCAUCAAGCUUGGUGGCGCCAAGGUGCGCGUGUCGGACCCCAAGUUCCAGCCCUUCGCGGAGUGGCUGGUGGCCACGUCCGCGACGCUGACGGGCCGCGACAAGAAUGCGCUGAAGGCUCCCCCCAACGGCAAUGGCAACAACCCCGAGUGGUAUCUGCCGCUGUCAAAUUUUACCGCUCAGUACAACGACCCUCGCUUCAACAAGCCUGGCGGCUUUGUAGUCGAUCUGUACAUCAUCAGCGCGGAUCAGGUGUUCACUGAUGAGCUGCUGAUCAACUCGACUCUGUCCUACGUUCGUGACACCGGCCGUGGGCUGUUCGUGGUCGGCAGUGAUUUGACGUACUAUGACAACCUUUUCAACAGCACGAUCAACGGGACGCUAAGCAACCAGACCACGGUGGGCCCGGGCGGCGUUACUCGCCGCCGCCAUGCCCGCCGCACGCUGCUGUCUGCCGAGGAGGAGGCGGCGCUUGAGGACCUGCGGUAUGGCGCGAUGCUGAUGGGGCGCCCCGGCCUUGCGGUGGACGUGACGGCUGACCCGAACGGUGCAAACACGCUGGAGGCGCUCACCCGCCACUACCAGGCCCGCCGCCGCAUGCAGUCCUACACCGUCAACACGCUGCUGGGGCCGAUGGGCAUCAGCUACUCAUCGACGGUCCUGCCGGCGGUCAGCACGAUCGUGGUCUCCUCCAGCACGCUCACAAACUGCCAGCAGGCCUCCAUCAUGUACAUUUACUACCUCCAGGGCAAGAUCGCACUGGGUCCCGCCGAUUUGGAUCUCGCUGUGAAGACAAUUUCCAUCGCCCGCGGCAGCUACUCGCUGAGUGACCCUUGGGCCUCUCAGUACUUCUGGCCGUACCAGGACGACAUCCAGUUCUACGGCGGCGUCAUUCCCAACCAGCCGCCGCCCAGCCCGCCGCCGCCGCCACCGACCCUCCUAUCCCCUCCUCCCUCACUGCCUCCUCCGCCGCCGCCUGCUAGCGCCACCCUUACUCAACUCAGCUGCUACAAGGACAAUUCCAACGCGCGCGCGCUGCCGUACCGCUUGGGCGGUUCGGCAGCAAUGACGGUGGAGCUGUGCACGAGCUGGGCCCGGAGCGCUGGUUAUCCCUUCAUAGGCCUCCAGGGCACCAACUGCUGGGCGGGCUAUGAUCUCAAUCUGUGCAACACGUACGGCACGUCCAGCAGCUGCGCAUUGCGCUGCGGCGGCAACACAGCCCAGAUCUGCGGUAACACGGGCACGUCGCCGAUGGUGAGCUCGGUCUGGCAAGUGCUGUAAGCCUGCGGGUUAACCGCAACACCAUCUCAAUUUACAUACGCAUUAGAUUAUCGGCCUCGCGCAAGGACUGACCAAGAUUUAUACAACUGGUUGAAUGUUGGACGAAUAUGGUAAGCGUAGGCACUGAUAACCGCUUGAAACUUGCUGGCAACAGCCUCCGAAGCUACUGAGGGUGAUAAGUAGCUGUCAGUAAGUGCAGUGUGUCAGUGCCUGCCCUCCGCAGGAGCUUUAGGGUUACUCGGCUUAUAAUUGUGUGUGUUUCCCAGCAUGAUGCUCGUACAGUGCACGUUGUCCAGUGUGACCUGCGUGAGUGACAGAGUGGGCACGGACUACUGUAUUCCGUGCCCUGCCACUGUCUUGGCCGCUUCGCAACUUGCAUGGACAUCUAACGACUCGUUGUUGCAUCUCUGUAGUCAUCCUAAGUAUGAAAUGAAAAGACUCGUAACGCGCUUACCAGACCUAGACAUGAGGUGGCGGCCGCGGCAGGAUGUCGCUCCCCCUGGCCAAAUGUGUGGAAAUCCUUGCUGUUAUGACUCCUUGACCUCCUCGCGUUCCUCUUCCUACCAAAUGGUGCAUAUGAGAAUGGCUUUUUUGCAGUGUGACGCGGGUUUGGAUGUGUGUAUAUUGCGGGUACAGGCUAUUUUGGGGGCGAUGCUUGUUUCGUGCGGCAGGGCGCACGGCGAGACGGACCUCUUCAGAUACUGUUGUGGCGACAAGGACACGACCUGUGCCUUGGCGUGGAUAUGGGAUCACAGCCCUUGGAGGUGGUGGCUGUUCAGCGCCAACGCCUUCAACGCUGGUGUGUGCUUUAGCGCAUUGUACUUAGGGCACAGUACUGAACGCCUGCUACAACCCCGCUGGUUGCCAGCACAUUCUUGAAUUAUCUCUUCAUUACGUCGCGCUUAGUGGCUGUUUGACAGAAUGCGCACACGUUCUUCCCAAUGACCUCUGAAGCCUCCUGAGGCCUCAACGCGGCGUGUUAUGUGCUCGGCUCCCUGUUCCUUUGGAGGGAAGCCCUUGUCAGUAGCUGAUGUCUGUGUCUGCCAGAGUGGUGAAAUGUUUGCCAUUGGACAGUUGGUAACAGGUUUACAAUCAUGCUUGGGCGCUGCCCAAGCAAAGUACCCUAUCUUGUGCUGCUUGCUUGGCUACUGGCGGCGCGAGUGCCUAGCUAGUGAAAAUGAAGCAGGUGUCUUCACAAUGGUUACGCAUCGCGCAGCGCGGCGCCUUGGCUUUGCCGUGUAAAACUCUCACGGCAUGGUGCUCCCAUUCUGUGAUUUAGUGAUUGCGGCUGCGCUUGUGUAAGCGAUGUCCGUUGUGGUCGGUCUGUGUGCCCCCACGCCAAGCUAUCUAGGCCAAGCCUCAUUUUAAUGAACCAAUCAGUACCUAUGAGUUGUACGGGGUUGAUGUACGUGGGAGGCAGACGAACGAAUCACAGAGCGGGGCGGGGCGGGCGCGCCUUGCAAGCGUACGUGCUGUCCUCGUGCCUCGUGCAGCCUCGUAACUCUGGCCAUGCCAGCAACGGCUGACAACGCAACCUCCACACCAAUGCAUACGUGAUUAUGAAGUGGAAAGAAUAAGACACUUGCAUCAUUUGUGCGGGCCUUGCUAAACUUCGAC